CCGAAUUGACCGGGACAUACAUCUAAUGCUCGGAAGACCUCUACCUGCACUCAUUAGGUUCAGCUGUGCCUUCAUUAUGCCAAUAUUUCUACUGUUCCUGCUUAUAGUAAGUGUGUACACAUACCGCCCGCCUACCCUAGGGAGCUACACCUACCCAGUCUACGCCACAGCGAUUGGCUGGUGUUUCUUCAUGUUAUCUGUUGUACCCAUAAUUCUGUACGCAGGGAGAGAACUCUUGAGACAAAAGGGUUCCCUUAAAAAGCGCCUUAUGGUCUCCACCCGGCCAACUAUAGACUGGAGUCCCGCUUGCCAAGACCAGAACUUACCAUUCAUAUCACAUGGCGAUCGUUUGUCCUUCCGAGAGCUGAUAUUAUUCAACCUCUGUGGAAAACGUGGCAAGAACUAUUCAACUGACAGCCAGAAAGAACCUGAGACAAUGCUAAGCUAGCGAUGCGCAGUUAAAGUCAAUCAUUCCAGCGACAUGUUGUAAACGUAACUACGCAAGGCUUAAUAUAACUUUAAAAGCAAAAUAAUAUUUAAAUUCAAAGUUUUAUACGUUUUAGAAAUCUUAUUUGAAACGUUUUCCUAGAUCUUUACAUUUUUGAUGUUUUGUUUUGUCAGAAAUAAUUUCAAGCUUGUUAAUGUAAAUUUUAGUGGAAAGGUGUUGUUACCAGUGUAUUUAAAUAUACUGCCUAAAGUUAUUGAGUCUAUAAUUUGUUGACUGGUAUAUGUUUUAAUUGAUAUCCAAACUGUUAAUAUGAAACAACAUAAAAAAAACCGACCAAAGCACAUUAACGGGGCUGUUAAUAUAAAACCUUAUCCUAGCACAUUAAUAGGGAUGUUAAUGAAAAAUACCUCGCCCAAGCGCACAUAUGAAGCUGGUUAUAUGAAGCCUUACUCAAGAACACUGAUGGAGCUGUUAAUACAUGUAUGAAGACUUACCCAGGCACAGUAAUGGAGCUGUUGAUAUGAAGCCUUAUCCAAGAACACUAAUGGAGCUGUUAAUAUGAAGCCUUACCCAAGAACACUAAUGGAGCUGUUAAUAUGAAGACUCGCCCAAGAACACUAAUGGAGCUGUUAAUAUGAAGCCUUACCCAAGAACACUAAUGGAGCUGUUAAUAUGAAGACUCACCCAAGAACACUAAUGGAGCUGUUAAUGUAAAAUCUUACCCAUGCACACUAAUGGAGCUGAGAUUUAACCUAGAUUCGGAAGUCAUCCAGCGCACGUGCACGAGUCUCCAAGCCAAAUAUAUAGGCCCCUAUUUAUGUUUGUAUUUUUCCGUCGUUUAAUCGAUUUCAAUUUGAAUUGUGUGUGUUUUUGUUGAUUUUAUAUCGGUACUUUUUGUUGUUUAAAUU